AGGGGCCCUCCUGGAGGAGGUGGAGGAAUGCUCACCCACUGGGUGCCACUGUGGGCCCAGCCCUGGCUCAGCACAUCCACAGGCCUUUCCUCGUUUGGCUCUCCGGUCGGUUCUUGUUGGCUAAUGUGGUUAUUCCCAAUUUACAGCUAAGGAAACUGCUGGGGAGGCCAGGCCAUUUGCCCAAGCUCACACACACAGAUUCACACCUGGGCUUGACUUGAAACUGGACACCAGCAGCCCUGGCUUCACAUUCCAGCUCUACCGCUGACCAGCCCUGUGUGUCCUUAAGCAGAUGACUGGCCUUUCUGACCCUCAGUCUCUUUUUUGUUUUUUGAGACAGAGUCUCGCUCUGUCACCCAGGCUGGAAUGCAGUGGCACAAUCUCAGCUCACUGUGACCUCUGACUUUCUGAUUGAGGCGAUUCUCCUGCCUCAGCCUCUCAAGUAACUGGGAUUACAAGGACGUGCCACCAUGCCCAGCUAAAUUUUUUUUUUUUUUUUUGUAUUUUUAGUAGAGAUGAGGUUUCACCAUGUUAGCCAGAAUGGUCUCGAUCUCCUGACCUUGUGAUCCACUCGCCUCGCCCCUCCAAAGGGCUGGGAUUGCGGGUGUGACUGUCUCUUUAUCUGUACAUUGGGGCUUAUCCUAGCACCUAGACUUGUCUACAACAGAACGUGUGAGAGGAUGUAUUCAGGUUGCUUCACAGGGAGUUAGAGCCCAGUCAGUUUUACUCCUCUCUGCCUCUCUAGAGGCUUUUUAUUCGCAGGAGUGUGGGCAGAGAGGAAUAAAAGCAGACGGUGAAGCAGCGGGGAGAAGUGCCAGCGUGCUCCUUGAAUUCCAUUUAGUUCCUUGACUGUGUGUUGAGUGACAGCCACUCGUCUAGCACCAAGCACACUUUGUGGGUGACCCCACACCCUUUACAAGAGCUCCAAGCACAGUUUUCUCAUGCAUUUAAAUGUGUAUCUGGAUGUGUUUUGGGCAGUGUGAGAAUUUCUGCUUCAGCAAGUGAGCACACAGAGCAAGUCUUAUGGGAGACGGUUCGAAAUAGCAGGAAGUGUGCGUCCGGGGAGUGAGGUGGCGGGCCUGGGGCCGAGGAGGCUCGAGGCAGAGUGGGGACUUCCAAGGACAGCAUGGGGUUGGGGGUAGGAAAUGAAGCUCCAGGGGUAGCUGGGACCAGAGGACCUCAGGGCAGCUAGGAGCACUGCAGAUUGCAUCCUAAGUGAGGUGCAGGCUGCAGUGACGUCUUAAACACAGGAGGGACAUUUCUCUGACUUCCGAUCCCAAAGGAUCAGGAUGGAAGUUAAGAAAGCAAGGAGGGCCAAGGGUGGUGGCUCACGCCUGGAAUCCCAGCACUUCGGGAGGCCGAGGUGGGCAGAUCACUUGAGGUCAGGAGUUCAAGACCAGCCUGGGCAACAUGGUAAAACCUCGUCUCUACAAAAUAUUUUAAAGUUAGCCGGGCAUGGUGGCGCACCUUUAGUCUCAGCUAGUCAGGAGGCUGAGGUGGGAGGAUCACUUGAGCCUGAGAGGUGGAGGUUACAGUGAGCUGAGAUUGCACUACUGCACUCCAGCCUGGACAUUGGAGUGAGACCCUGUGGCAAAAGAAGAAGGAAAGCAGGGAGGAGGAGUUUUGGAAACCUUCAAGUCCACUCCACUGUGGACACAGUGUCGUGACUCUCAAGGGCACUCUGCCUCCGCCACUGGGUCCCCAGCAUCUCAGGAGCCAUUCCCAAGUCAGAACAGGGCAAGGCCUAGGACACUGGGUGCAUCACCUGCACCUCUCGUGGACAGAGGUUGACUCCACUGCCCAACCGGCAGCAGGAGAAUCCAGGACCUCCCAGUGUGGCGUGCGACCUGCCGCCAAGCGGAGCACAUCGUGCACCCGUGUCAGAUCCUCCUGUCCUUUUUUGGGUGGAAGCCAUCAUUUACUGAGCCUGUGCCCCAGGCCAGGCCUGCACUAAGCCCUUUGCAUCCCCUCUCUUACAGAGUCAUCACACAAACCCUUAGGGUAUAUGUUAUUAUCCUGUUUUACAGAUGAGAAAACUGAGUCCCAGAGAGAGGUUAAGUGAAACAACAGGUGUAGCAUCCUCAGCAUGGUGCCUGGCGCACAGUACAGUAUUUCCACCAUGUGCUUAUCCCAUUUACAGAUGAGAAAACUGAGGCUGAGGAUUGGGAGAUACCUUGCCCAGGGUCUCGUAGGUAUUGGUCUGCUUGGCUUCGAAGCCACGCUAAGAGCCAGUACAGCAGAUGUGAAAAGCUAGGUGCAAAGGAGGGUGAGUGGGGCUGUGUGUAUCCCUCACUGCUGGGCUCAUCAGAAGUUCCACAGAGGUUGACUCCACCACCCAGUGGGCAGUCAUCCCAGCCAGUCCGAUCCUGCUGCAGCCCAGAGACAGGGCUCACUUCCCCAGGGGCACACAGCAAUCUGGGCCUGACUAGAACUAGAGCCCAGGUGUCCUGGCUCCCACACCACCUUUGCAGCCCCCCCGCAGGGAGGAAGCACAGCAGGCAGCUCCACCAGCAGCAAAGCAGAAGCCUAUGAGCCGGUUAUCACUCAUUUAUCUCUGAUAACUUGGGAGAGCUCAGCCCCUUCUGCCACAUCAGAGUAGGAUUUCUUAAAACUGUGUGAGCAGCUCCCGGGGUGCUGGAGUCCGGCUGGUGGUAAGGCCUUCACCCACUAAACCAUGAGAACACGAUUCCCAACAGCAAAGUACAAACCAGCAUCAAAACCAGGCGUGGGGGCACGUACCUGCAGUCCCAGCUACUUGAGGGGCUGAUGUGGGAGGAUCACUAUGACCCGGGAGUUUGAGGUUAUCCUGAGCUGUGACUGUACCACUGCACUCCAGCCUGGGCAUCAUAGUGAGACUCCAUCUCAAAAAAGAAAAAAACAGAAUCAAAUGCCAAUUGUGGGCGGCCCAUGUUGCACCCUGGGAUUCAGAGCAGGUCUCACAAUUCCUGUGACCAAGUGGCAUUGCAUGCUGUGUGCCAGGUUUUAGUUCCUUCACUUCCUGGCAAGUCUGCCGUGUGCCAGGCCCCAUGCUGGUCUGAGCUGGGUCCCAGCCAGGCACUGGGUGGUGGGCUGGGAGCUGGACUCUCAUCUCCCUCCACUCUGGGGCACUAGGAAACUGCUUGGUGCCAUGGAUGAAUUUGAGAAGAAUGGGUAAACUGAUGUUCCUAAAACCUGGGUGCCCAUCAGACCCCGCUGGGAGCCUCCAGACCAUUUGACAGCCACCUGCCCUGCCGUCCUGGGGUUGCUGAGGCCCAACCUGUGGGAUCCUUGAGGAGAGGGCUGAGAAGCUUUGUUUAGUUCGCCGUCAGCUCUGCUCCAGCCUACUCGGAGCUCUGGCAUCCCAGAGCUGUUGUGGUUCACCCCUUGGUGGGUACCACAAUACUUGCCUCAUCCCUCUGCACGGCCACCACAUCACUACACACCCCUACAUACACACACCACACCUACACUCACCACACGCAUCUACACCUACACACACACCACACACAUCUGCACUCACCACACCUACACACACACCACACACCUACACCUACCACACACAUCUGCACUCACCACACACCUACACACACACACCUACACACCACACACCUACACACACCACCCACCUACACCUACCACACACACCACACACAUCUGCACUCACCACACACCUACACACACACCACACCUACACACCACACACCUACACCUACCACACACACCACACACAUCUGCACUCACCACACCUACACACACACACCACACACCUACACCUACCACACACACCACACACAUCUGUACUCACCACACACCUACACACACACCACACCUACACACCACACACCUACACCUACCACACACACCACACACAUCUGCACUCAUCACACCUACACACACACCUACACUCACCACACGCAUCUACACCUACACACACCACACACAUCUACACUCACCAUACCUACACACACCACACACCGACACCCACCACACACCUACACCUACCACACACACCACACAUCUGCACUCACUACAUACACACACCUACACUCACCACACGCAUCUACACCUACACACACCACACACAUCUACACUCACCAUACCUACACACACACCACACACCUACACCCACACACCUAUACAUACCACACACAUCUGCACUCACUACACACACACACCACACGCAUCUACACCUACACACACACCACACACAUCUACACUCACCAUACCUACACACACACCACACACCUACACCCACACACCUAUACAUACCACACACAUCUGCACUCACUACACACACACACCACACGCAUCUACACCUACACACACACCACACACAUCUACACUCACCAUACCUACACACACACCACACACCUACACCCACCACACACACCACACACAUCUGCACUCACCACACACCUACACACACACACCUACACUCAACCACACGCAUCUACACCUACACACACCACACACAGCUACACUCACCACACACACACCUACACACACCACACACCUACACCUACCACACACACCACACACAUCUGCACUCACCACACACGUACACACACACCACACCUAAACUCACUACAUGCACCUACACCUACACACACCACACACAUCUGCACUCACCACACACCUACACACACCACACCUACACUCACCACACACAUCUACAUCUACACAUACCACACACAUCUGCACUCACACCUACACACACCACACACCUACACCUACCACACACCACACACAUCUGCACUCACCACACCUACACACACAUCCCACAUACAUCUACACCUACACACACCACACCUAUACCCACCACACACCUACACCUACCACACAUACCUACACACACACCACACACCACACACAUCUGCACUCACCACACACCUACACACACACACCUACACACCACACACCUACACCUACCACACACACCACACACAUCUGCACUCACCACACACCUACACACACACCACACCUACACACCACACACCUACACCUACCACACACACCACACACAUCUGCACUCACCACACCUACACACACAUCCCACAUACAUCUACACCUACACACACCACACCUAUACCCACCACACACCUACACCUACCACACACACCUACACACACACCACACACCACACACAUCUGCACUCACUACACACCUACACACACCCCUAUGCACACACCACACACGUCUACACCCACCACACAUCACACAUCUACACCUACACACACCCCUAUGCACACACCACACCUACCCACUACACACACACCUACACACAUCUGCACCCACCACACACAUCUACACCCACUACACACACCACACGCACAGCUACACCACACAUCUACACCUACACACACAUACACCACUAUGCACCCACCACACACCUACACCCACCACACAUCUACACCUACACACAUACACCACUAUACACCCACCACACACCUACACACCCCUAUGCACACACCACACACCUACACACCCCUAUGCACACACCACACAUCUACACCCACUACACACACCACACACACCUACAUCUACACCUAUACACAUACACCACUAUGCACCCACCACACACCUACACCUACACACACAUACACGACUAUACACCCACCUCACACCACACACACCCCUAUGCACACACCACACACAUCUACACCUACACAUACACCCCAUACACCCACCACACACCUAUACACGUACACGCCACACACACCUACACCUAUACACACCCCUACACCUACAUACACACUUAUACCCAUCACACCACACACACCCCUACACACAGCACAUCUACACACUCACACAUACACCUACAUACACACAAGGCAGCAGGCAUCCUGACCCAAAAUGCGCACCCUGUUAGAAGCUGUACCCCCCAGCACUGCCACCCCUCUGCCAUCAGCAUGACUCUCUCUUACCCAGAUGGGAGGCAGCCAUGAGAAGAGCCUCAGUGACUGGAUGGUGAGACAAGGCAUGGUGAGCAGGGACCAGGCCUGGCUGCCGAGAGCUGGGGCUGCUCGCAGGGCUCCUGCCAGGCGUGGGCAUGGGGCACGGUGCUGCUGUCUUAAGGAGUGGGACCCAGGAGAAGACCCAGAGGAGUGUGGAGGGGCAGCUGAGGGCCCUGUAGGGCCCCUGGGCUCAGGCUGUUCCCAGAUUGGCCCAUCCAGCCCAGCUUCUGCAGCUCCUCUGUGCGCGGUUCCCACUCUUGACUCUCGGGCAAGGACAGGGCAGCCCCUCUGGCAGCUAAGAGGCGCCUGGGACAGCACACCGGGAGAGGGAGCCGGUGUGGACAGCCAGGGCACUUGCUGCUGCCGCUGCUUCUGGGAAGUCGGCUCCUGCCUUCUCUGUGGGUCUGCUUCUGCCUGGGGGGCCUCAGGUACUGGAUGAUGGAGCUUGGAGACCAGACUGGCCUGGUCAGGGAAAGACUGUCUUUUCCAAAAUAGCUAACUAGUACUAGUGCUACUAGUGUCGUUACUGAUGAAUAGUAUAUAGGAACUGGCAUUUCUUGAACACCUCCUCUGUGCCAGGCCCUGUGCCAAGCUCUCAACAUCCAUUCUCCCAUUUCAUCCUCACAGCUGCCUGGAUGGUAGGUACUGCUGCGAGCCUCACGCAGAGGUUGAGGGAAUGAGGUGUGAAGAAGUUAAGUAACCCACUCAGAGUCGCACUGUGUUAAGGGGUGAGCCAGACCCAGAUCUUUCUGACUUUGAAGUCUGUGCCCGUGAGCGCCAACUGGAGAAAGCCUCCAACAACUCCUGCCCUGUGUGGGAGCCAUCGUGGCACAACCCAAAGUGAAAUGUCCCCAUCUGGGUCUACCCACCUGGCCUUGUCUGCUCAACUUGGCGCCUCUGUUCUCAGGCCCUGCUAUGCCCUCUUCUAUCAUGAAGUCUGCAUCUGCAGAGGCACCAGGGAAUGGAACCUGGGGGCCCCUGGCCCACUAACAAUGUCCCCACCCCAGCCUUCAUGACUGGAGAAAAUGCCUGGGGUUCAUCCCUGGGCUUCGAGUGUCCUUUGUCCGAGGCUCCUGAGCACCUGCAGCAGUGGCCUAGCCCCUGCCCCAGGCCAUUGCCCAAAGCCCCUCCUCCAGCCUAGAACCCUGUCUGCAGGGUGUGUGAGAACUGGGGGUCCUCUCCUCAAGGGGAAAGAGCUCCCUCUGACCCCUGGCCCUGCUCCAGCUGCUGGGAGCUCUGUCUCCUGGCUCUGCACUUCCCUUGCUCACAUGCUGCCCCAGUGGGCCCGGGGUGGGUCCGGGCAGUUAGGCAGCUGGGGCCUCAGUGGAAGGCUGCCCAGGGCCACCCAGCUGCGGGGCACUGAGCUGGCACUACCUUGUCACCCAGGGCACUGCCCUCCCUGCCUCACCCUCUGCCCCUCC